AUGUCAUUUCAUUCUCCUUUAAUAUUAAACCAGGAAGAAGAAGUUGAUCCAAAUUCAAUACCUUUAAAUACGCUACCAUCUAGGAAAUCAUCUACCUCGUCAUCAGAUAGUAUGAACUCAGAAGAUCUCACUUCCGAAGCUUCCAGAGAUUUUUUCAGCCACACUACCAAUCACCGUAGUAGGAUACACCAAUUUUUUAAUGCAAUAUGGUAUGGACCACAAGAACCAAUAGAUGAUCCGGCUCCACGGAUACAUUGUUUAGAGUCAUUAGAAGAGUUCCCCGAUAGUUUAAAAAGACGUAUUCCAUUACCUUUAACAAGAGCUCUAUUGGUAUUAUAUUUAAUCUUUUGGUUUGGAUUGAAUUAUAGUAUAAUUAUACCAUAUUUAACAAAACCUCCCUAUAUUACUGCCAAUCCAGAUAUUCCCAUUGUAUCACUUUCAUGUGGAGCCCUGUAUCAAUUCUGGAAAGGUAAGAAUGGAGCAUGUGGAUUAGAUUCACAAUGUCCUGAAGUUGAAUCGGAAUCGGAUGUGAUUUUUAGAUGUCCAGCUUUAUGUGAUCAGAGUAAAACUUAUUCAUUUAUGCCGGUUGGUGAUAUGAAUAUUAAAUAUAGAGGAUAUUUCAUAGGUGGAGGUGCUGUCACUGAUCAACAUGAAUUGUUACAUCCUGAUCAAUUAACAAAUCCAUAUAGGGCAGAUUCAUAUCCUUGUGGAUCGGCAGUACAUGCUGGUUUAGUAUCUCCUUUCUUUGGCGGUUGUGCCAGGAUUUCUUAUGAUAGUAAAAGCAAAAGUUAUUUUCCGGCUGCAAAAGGUAAAUAUGGUGUCGGUGAUUCUAUUGAAUUUUUAUCAUUUUUUAAAUCUUCAUUUUAUUUCAAAACUUUAAAAAGUGGAUUAACUGGAGAUUCUAGUUUUGUUAAUUGUUAUGAUCCAAGACUUUUAGUAUUGGCUGUGAAUGUUAUUUUAGGAAUACCUAUUGUUUAUUUAUGUUCAGGAAAAGUAACAUAUUGGACUAUAAGUACAGUCGGAUUCUGGACUAGUGUAUUAACCACAGAUCCACCUGUCACUGUUGAUCCUCGAGAUCCUGAAGAUUUCGCAUAUUUAUUAUCAGUAGGAUUUGAACGAUUUUUACCAACUUGUUUUAUAUUAUAUGUAUUAUGGAGAAUUUCCGUCAAAGUCACAUUAUCAGAAUCAACCGAAUUCAAGAUCUCCCCCUUGAGCAGAGUAUUAUUAUGGUAUCCAUUAUUCUGGAUUGGAUUAUUAAAUAAUAUGACAUUUGAUAGAUUACCCGUUGACAGAUUUACAAUCAGUGAUUUACAACAACAAGCAGGUGCAAUAUUCGCAGUUGGAUUCAUAAUCUCCUUAAUAUCAAUCUGUGCCAUAAUUCAAGCAUAUAAAAUCUGGCUAGCCGGUAAAUUCCGCCGAUAUCUCGUCAUCUACAUUAUCCUAAUCCUCCUGCUUGUCUUCCUUGGAUCCUUGUCUGGCCUCACCCUUCGUGUCCAUCAUUAUAUCCUCGCAAUCUUAUUAAUCCCAGGAUGUGCAACCAAAGGAAGAACAGCACUCAUGUUUCAAGGUAUCUUAUUAGGACUAUUCAUCUCCGGUGUUGCAAGAUGGGGAAUGGCUUCUAUUGUCGAAACUGCAUUCGCAUUAAAGAGGGAUGAUCCAAAGGGAAAGAUCAUCCCGCCCCAAAUAAUGGGAUAUCAUAACGAUACCGGCAUCUUGAAUUGGAAAUCAAUCCCAGACCCUAUAGCCUCCCCAGUCGAUGGACAAUUGUAUAAGCGAUAUAGUUCAGUCUCGAUUCUCAUUAAUGAUAUUGAACAAUAUGUCGGCAAUGCUAUUGAUUCAGUCAAUUUACGUGUAUUAUUUGCCAAUAGUACAGAGUUAUCGGCGCAGAUUGAACAGGCAAUGAAAGAUGGGAUUAGAGAUGGUGAUGGGAAUAUUUCGAUAUUUAUUAGAAUUGGAAGAAAGAUUCCGAAUAGUGGGAGAUAUAGUGAUUUUUCUCGGGCUAUGGUGUUGAAAUGGCCCAGUGGGGAUUAUAUUUUGCCAAUGGAAGGGUUGACAUGA